AUGGGGACUGAUAUUCUCAUAAGCGAGAUCCUAGACUCGGAGUUAUUGGGCGAAGGGCUUAUUCCGACUCUACAACAUGCACAUGAUAACCUAUUAGUCGAAAACCCGCUCACCGUUCCUUACAGAGCAACAACUUACGGUCAGCUGGUCGAGUGCACAUAUUUACGGGAUAUGCAUGAUUUAGUUAAUAGAGAAGCAGAAUUAUCGGACGGUAUUCGUCUUGUUCCGAGUGGGAUGGCUGGUAUUUUAGGCGUCAAAAAGCAGCAGCAAUUUGCAAUGCAUUGUGAUGCACUUAAAGAAGAAAUCAAACUGCUUUCGGAGCCUUUUAAAGUUUUCGAUUUUGAUUUCUGGAGACGGCCGGACAGUUCUUCUGAAACCGAGAUGCAUAUAAAGACUACGAACGAUGGUACAGUUCAUGCUAUCAUCUCAUGGUGGUUGCUUCAGCUAGACAGUGAAGGAACAAUCUUCUAUUCCACAGAGCCGAAUUGGAUACGAUGUCCUGAUGAUGUAAGAGAGUUGGAAUCAUCUUCCAAUAGUUCUGAUAAUUGGUGUGACCAUUGGAAACAAAGUGUUUGGUUCCCACAAAGCGUAGAUCUGCAUGUCUUAAAAGAUGAAGAGGUUCACUUACACGCUUUACAUACCGAAACGAGCAUCUCAUAUGACUUCAAAACUUUAAACGAAAAGCGACAGGUGGCGCAUGUUGAUGCCUGUACCGACGAUUUUCAGAUUGUUCUGUCACCAGAAAGAAACGCAUUAUACGGAGAUAGUAGUUGGAGAUUUUUAAUGCUUAACGCUAUUGAAAAAGCUUUGCGUCAAAGAACCGAUCCCUUAUGUUUAGUUGCGGACGAUAGUAUUUUCUUGGCAAUUGCUAUUGCCCGUCUUUCAAAGAGUUCGAAUGUGAUUCCUUUAUUUCCGGGACUUGGAAAGAAGGGUUUGCAAUAUCUGCACAAGGUUUGUGCAGCAAAUAGCUUCACUAUGGAUCGCAUUGAAAGCAUAUCGAAGAAGGAUUUGCUAUCUACAAUGCAAGAUUCACACCAAAGAAAGAUAAACUUAUUGGUUGCGGAACCGUUUUACUAUGGAAAUGAUAAUGCACUUCCAUGGCAAAAUCUGCGAUUUUGGAAGGAAAGAACUUUGCUGGAUUCGAUUCUAUCAAAAGAUGUGCUAAUAAUGCCUUGUAAAGGACUGUUGAAAGUUUGCGCAAUGUACCUACCCAACCUAUGGAGAAGUCGAUGUUGUCUGAAAGAAGUUGAAGGGUUCGACCAUUCAAUCGUAAAUACCACAUUGGGAGCAUGUGGAGAUUUGCCCCUUACUGAAGAAAGUCCUUUUCUGCCCUUUUACGUUUGGCAGUGUGGAGAAACCAAGAUACUCAGUGAAACGGCCACCGUCUUGGAGUUUGAUUUUUCAAAACCAAUGAGCUCGUGUUCUGGGAAAACUCCGAUUGAAUUUAGAGAAUCUGGAAUAUGCCAUGGAUUUGUGCUUUGGAUUGAUUGGGUUCUCGAAGCGGAGGAUAAUACCGUUUUGUCAACAGGGCCAGAUAAACGACAUUGGAAACAAGCUGUGAAGCUUCGGGAAAAUUACAGUUUAUUCAUCUUUGACGGAAAUAUCACGUGUGGCGCACGUGAUGUUGAUAUGGCUGUUAAAUGUGACGUGGAGUGA